AUGUAUAUUAACACAACUAAUCUCAAUAGUCUGCUUGCUCAAUCGCCCAAUGCCGAUAGCCCGGGCCUACUUUCUGCUUCUCAUGUCGUUCCUCCACCGCCACCACAAUUUCCUCCCUCUGGACUAUCUCGUCCUGGUUUCAUCGCGAGUUCUGGCCAAUCGUCCCGAACAGGUAUGCUGUUCAACCAGGCUUGCAAUGCAGGGAUGGCAAGUCAGCAAACCCUUAUAGCUGGGCAACAGCAACAACAGCUAUCAUGUUAUCUAGGGACAGGAAGACCAGUGGCUAUGCUGAAGCAGGCACAACAACAACAAAUUCAGCAAGCAGCCCCAUCUUUCUAUGAAACUUUGGACAACAUGAUGGCCGAAUUUGAGGAAAUGGCAAGAGAAGAGGCCAAAGAUCCUAACCAUGCUGCUCGUGUUCGUGCAGCUGUAAACGAGGUAAGUUUGGGUGUACGAUAA